GUUUGGUUGGGUGUGGGUCAGAGGGGGGGUGGGAGAGGAGGAGGUGACUGACAGGCAGACGGGUUGGACGGUUUGCGGAACAAUGGGGGAUGGGGAUGGGGGAUGGGGUCGUGGAUGGGGAUGGGGAUGGGGAUGGGAUCGGGACUGGUCGUGACUGUGGCUGUGGACGUGGAUGUAUGCGUUGGCGUGAUCUGGGCUGGUGGCGGGGGUGCGGGGCUGGACGGCGGCAUGUUGAGAGAGCAUAGGCUCGGCGACAACGGCCAGUUCCAGGCGUACGUGGACAAGACAUCGAGAAAGAUCGAAAAGGCGUAUGCCAAGUUUGUCAAGAGCGGGGCUAAGGGCGCAGGCAAGAACGGAGGCAAGGGUAAGGGUAAGGGCAAGGUGGACAAGACGGCACAGGUGGCUGUGACGACGCCGGUCGGCAAGUACACCAUCGACUUUAACGAUAUGACCCAGACCGGGACAAAGUCAAAGGGCACACGCCCAGUUCGUAGAUCGACACCGGAGGGCCGGGCUCGGGCCCGUCGGGCGCCGCCUGUGGCUGUUCGCGGGCGUAGGCGCGGGCGCGGGAGGCCAAUGCUCCCGAUCCAGCCUCGCAUUGAUCCACACUUUUACAACGGCCCAAGAAGGGCGUGUGGCAGUGGGAGGAUCCUGUCGGGUCGGGCAAGUACACCUCGUUCAAGUCUAAAGUUUCGAGCACGAUCGAGUCGGCGUACCAGGCGUUUCUUCGCGCCGGGUCCGGGUCCGGCUCGAGCUCGAGCUCGAGCUCGAGCUCGUCAGGCAGCGGCAAGGCUGCAUUCACCAUCAAGGGCACCAAGUACGGCCUCGACUUUAAGCACAUGGUCCAGUACCGGGUUGGCGAUAAGGGUAAGCAGAGGUCGAUUCGGCGGCUGCGGUCCGGAGCCAAGAUCCCACCGCCGCCACCCAGCCCGCCGCCCUUUAGCAGCGGCGGCAGCUCGUUGGGCUCGAUCGGCGGCGUCCGGGUGCGUGGCUCGGCGGUACCCGACCCGCCCAAGUUCUACACCGGGCCACGGGCGUCGUACUGGGGCUGGGAGGACCCGGUCGGCUCGGCAAAGUACACGCCGUUCACGGUCAAGCAAAACGCGCUCAUUGAGGGCGGAUACCAAAAGUGGGUCGCGGCCGAGGCAGCCAAGAAGAACGCCAAGAAGAAGCCAAAGAAGGUCAAGGUCAUCAUCAAGGCUGGUGGCAAGCGGUACGGCAUCUCGUUCAAGGAGAUGGUCCAGAGCCAAGUCUCGGAUCCGACCAAGAAGCGUGCAGUCCGGCGGCUCCGCGGCGCGCAUCCGGACCUGCGGUCGGCAUCCGACUCGUCGGCCAGCUCGUCGCGGUCGUACUCGUCGUCGGACGCCGGCACGCCAUACUCGUGCACCUGAGGAGAAUUGAACAUCGGGGCAGCGUA